GGAAGUUGUUACUUCGUCGGCUUUGAACGCGACUAAGGUCAGAAACAGAAACUAGGGGAAAAGUGGCGAUGGAGGCAGUAAAGAAGCAACUCAUACUCUGAGCUGCCUCACAGACGGAUAUACAGGCUCUUUCUUAACUUUUCUACGAUGGUGCUAAAACGGUGUCAGACACGAGUUAAACUUUUAAGUUUUAACCACCCAGAGAAGUGGUAUGACCGCUUUAAUAAAGACUACAAAGCGACUCAGAGGGUUUCCUCGACCAGUUUGACAGCUGUCAACAUCUCCGCGUGCCCACAAUUUAUCACGGAAAGGCCGCCAUUGAGAGCGAGACGAGCCCCUGGACUGAUGCACCUUUCUGGGGUGACACACAUGCCCGUAAGAGGAAUCUAUACCUCAGUCAGAACCCUCCAGUAUGACCUGAAACCCAACGUACCGCAGUCCGAAGGCCGGAAGAUGUUCUUUGACACGCACGCUGUGGUGCGGCUCUUUGAGGAAAAUGGUUUCACUACGCAGCAAGCUGAAGUGAUGGUGAAAGUGCUGGUGAGGACGACCAGCUCAAACAUGGACGUCAUUUACAGUGACAUGGUGACCAAAGUCCAGCAGGAGAUCAUGUUGCAGCGUGUUAUGUCUCAAAUAGCAGCCGUGAAGAAGGACAUGAUCAUCCUUGAGAAGAGUGAGUUCUCUACUCUGCUGGCCGAGAACGAGAAACUCAAGAUCCAGCUAUUACAGCUCAAAGUCCAGUUGGCUGAUGUGCUGAAUAAAGUGCGCUCAGAGACCAUUAUGGACAUGAAUUUGGAAAAAAGCAGAGUGAAAGAACUGAAAGCGGAGCAUGAGAAGAAGCUUCUUGAAGCACGGACUGAGAUCAUGGAAAUGACUGCAGAACAAGAUCGUCAUUUGACUCAGACAAACAUGAAGAUAGACACAGAGGUGGCCGGUUUGAGAACCAUGUUGGAGUCUCACAAACUGGAUACUAUAAAAUACCUUGCAGGUUCAGUGUUCACAUGUCUCACUGUGGUCUUGGGUUUCUACCGUAUUUGGAUGUGAACACGACUGAUGAUCUUCACAUCAGGUCAACUUUAUUUGCCACGUACAUGAAGCAUAUCAAGCACGCACAAAGAGAGGAUCGGACCAGUGACCUCACCGGUGAACACCCAAUAUUUUUAAUGAGCUGUUUUAAGUGUGGUGACAGACUCAUGAGUGGGACCUUAGCUUUUUAUGUUGUGUAAAUAUUUUAUAUGUGUAUAUAUCAAGCUGUAAAUACUGCAGAGAAUAUCAGAAGCUUAACUUCUCCACUGUAUCAUCACAGAUAUUUUACUGGUUUUUAUCUUUCAAGUUUGUGGUUUUGGAAAUGACUGUAAGAUUCUUUGACACAUUAUAAUUAAUUGAAUAUACUUGUCAAUAAAUAUCAGUGUCAUGCUAAAAAAUCA